AAAUCCUAGGCAAUCGCUAUAGUCGCUCAACAAGGCAUGCAGUCGUGAAUCGGCGCCACCGUGGAUAGACGUUCCUGGCAGGCAUCAUGUACUUCAUAAAGGCUCCACCAGGCCUCGUAACACGCUACUUGUGGGUCGGGGGCGUGCACGGCCUGACUACAGGCCAGCUGGCGGACCUGUUUGCGCCGUGGGGGCGGCCAACCGUGGUGCUGCCUGAUCACACACCUUCAGUCACGCACACGCCGCCGCCUGACACGCCAGCCCAGCCACAAUGCUGCACCAACACAGCGCCUAAAACGACUGUUGUGCCACCAGUUGCCAAGGACGCGGCCACACCCGGGGGCGCCUCGGCGUCAGCAGCUUCAUCAGUAGACAGGGAGCACGAACCGGGGCCUUCACUGCCCGAGGCACCCGAAGGGGCAUCCACAACCCCCACAACAUCCACAGCAUCAGCAGCAUCCGCAGCAGAAAUAUCCACAGCAACAACAGCACCAGCAGAAGGAGAUCACAACCCCAGCAAGCCUGCCCCUCACACCGACAGCGACGGCGGCGGCCCGGCGGCGCCUCUGCGCUGCUUCCACGCUUUCCUGGAGUUCUGUGGGGAGGAGCAGGCAGCGGCGGCGGCGGCAGCGGUGCCCAAGGCAGGGCCGUGGGCGGCGGCGGGCGGGCGCAAAGUGGUGGUGACGUUUGCGGACCUGCGGAGAGACAAGCGGCCUGUGCCCAGGCCGGUGGCCACCUCCUCUGGCGGCCUGGGUGUGCCGGGCCUAGUGCUGCUACAUGACUUCGUCAGCCCGGAGCAGGAGGAGGAGCUGCUGAGAGCGGUGCAGGCUGGAGAGGCGGGAGAGGCGGAGGCAGGGGUGCAGGCGCAGGCGGGAGAGGCGGAGGCUGCAGAGGCGGAGGCUGCAGAGGCGGAGGCUGCAGAGGCGGAGGCGGAGGCAGGGGUGGAGGUUGCGUCGUGCAGCGGGCGAGGCGGCGGCGGUGGGGUCGGCGGCGGGGCGGGGGCGGGGGCGGGGGUUGGGCUGGGCACGGGGUGGGAGGUGCUGGCCAAGCGGCGUGUGCAGCACUACGGCUACCGCUUCGACUACAUGACUCGCAACGUGGACCUGGCCCGGCCUCUGGGGCCGCUGCCGAGCUGGGCGGCCGACUUGGCUCGGCGCAUCGGGGAGCUGCCGCAGGUGGCCAUGCGCUUGGACCAGUUGACGGUGAAUGAGUACGAGUCGGGCGUGGGCCUGUCACCGCACAUCGACACACACUCAGCCUUCACAGGCCCCAUCAUCUCUCUGUCUCUGGGCAGCCACGCCGUCAUGGAGCUGCGGCGGGGCCAGGCCGCCAGGCCGCUGCUGCUGCCGCGCCGCUCGCUGCUCAUCAUGGGCGGGGAGAGCAGAUACGCCUGGCAGCACUACAUCCCCCACCGCCUCAAUGACACGGUGGAGGGCGAGAGCCUGGCGCGGGGGCGGCGGCUGUCCCUCACCUUCCGACAGGCCCGCGGUUUCGCCUGCGACUGCUCCUACCCCGAGUUCUGUGACAGCCAACAGGGUGUCCUGCCGCCCACACGGAUAUCGCUCCUGCGCCAGCCGCCGCCGCCCUCACAGCCCUCGGAGCCCUCACAGCCCUCACAGCCCUCGGAGCCGCCGCAGCCGCCCUCGGAGCCCUCACAGCCCUCGGAGCCCUCGGAGCCCUCGCAGUUCUCGCAGCCCUUUCAGCCCCCACAGCCCUUGGAGCCGCAGCCGCAGCCGCCGCAGCCGCCGCAGCCGGCGGCGGCGAUCGCGGGGGUCUCACCCGCUGCCGCUGCAAACGGCUCCACAGCGCACGCCGCGGCCGCACAGGGCGAGGCCCCUGCUGCUGCUGCUGCCGCUGCUGCUGCAGCUGAAGGUGCCGUUGCGGCCGGCGCCGGCAAUGCGGGAGGCGGCGGGGACGCUGGUGCCGGCAGUGGCCGGCAGGGGGAUGAGGAGGGGGAAGGCGGCAGCGAGGGGGGUGGGGAGUGGCGGCUGGCAGCUCUGGAGGCCGAGUACGUGCACAAGGUGUACGACGCCAUCGCGCCGCACUUCAGCUCCACAAGGUUCGCCAUCUGGCCGCGUGUGCGCGCCUUCAUUGAGUCGCUGCCUGCGGGCGGGGUGGUGUGCGACGUGGGCUGUGGCAACGGCAAGUACUUUGGCGUGCGGCCCGACCUCGCCGUGCUAGGCAGCGACAUCAGCGCGGGCCUUGUGGGCGUGGCCGCGGCCCGCCUGCACGCGCCCCACUGCCCCGCCACACCGCACCUGGCCCCGCCCCGCGCCGCCGACGCCUUCGUGGCGGACGCGCUGCGGCUGCCGUACCGCCCCGGCUGCGCUGACGGCGUGCUGUGUAUUGCCGUACUGCACCACCUCUCCAGCCCCGCCCGCCGCGUGCGGCUGCUGCGGCAGCUGCUGCGCGUGCUGCGGCCUGGCGGCGGGCGGGGCAUUGUGACGGUGUGGGCCACGGAGCAGGAGGACCCUAAGAAGACGCUGGCCAAGUGGACACGCAUACCGACAGUGGCGGACGGCGGCGCAGCAGCAGCCGCAGCACCGAAUGCUACAGCCGCCGCUACUGCUACAGCUACUGCCGCGGGAGGUACAGCUGCUGCUGCUGCCUCCGUGUAUGUCAGCAGCAGCGCCGACAGCCUCAGCGACCGCGAGGCUGAUGGGCCCGGGGCCAGGGCAGGGAGAGCGGCGCCGGGGGCAGCAGCAGAGGGCCAGGCGGGGGCGGGGGCUGGGGCUGGGGCGGGGGCUGGCGCGGGGGCUGGGGCGGGGGCUGGGGCGGAUUACUUCGUGCCGUGGCACCUGCCCUUUCACCGGACUGAGACGGCGCGGGCGGCCAAGGUGGCGCAACAGGCCGCCGCUGCCGCAGCCGCCGCCGCGGGGCCGUCGUCGUCGUCGUCGUUGUCAUCGGCGGCGGCGGCGGCGGCAGCAGCGGCUGGUGGCGAGGCGGCUGCGGCUGUGGCGGCACCCAAGGUGGAUGAGUCCAAGGGCGCAGUGGUGUUCCAGCGCUAUUACCACCUCUUCACACAGCAGGAGCUGGCGGCGCUGGUGGAGGAGGCGCUGGCCGCGGGCCCGGCCGCUGACGGCGCUGAUGACACGAGUGCUGGUGCGGGCGGUGGAGACGAGGAAGGCAAGGGGGUUGCCGCACGGGCACAGCAGGGUGGCAGCGGCAGCAGCAGCGGCAGCGGCGGCGGCGCGGGCCCGGGGGGGCUGUGCGGGGUGCUGGAGGAGGUGUUUUAUGACCGCUCCAAUUGGUGCGCGGUGUUCCGGAGAGACACGUGAUGACGAGAUGACAAGAUGGCGCGGUGGACGGCUGCACACACGUGCCGCUGGUGACGGUUGGAGCUAACGGGGUUGAUCUGGUCCGCUAGGAUCCACGACCGAGGUGUACAUGCGGGUUACUGCGACGUCGUCACUUGGGCGUGCAGUCGAUGGAGCCUAGGGCUAGGGUGGCGCUGGAAGGGAGGCGCUGGAAGGCGCGGUGUUGUGCCCGGCUACUGCAAUGGCCAGUGGGCCCUGUCGGCUGACAGCACUCGGCGACAUGACUUGUGUUUUUGUGUUUGAUUUGUGGGGCUAAAAAUUCACGGGUUCCGGGGCAACCCAUACCCCUCAAGCACAUGUCACGAGCAGCGACUUGUGCCAGGCGUUCCGGCAGUCAGCGGCCAACAGCUCGGAGUUCUGACUUCUGAGUGACGCAGUUGAUGGAGACGGCUAUUGCAGCCCCGUGUAAGAGCGAUCGCGCGGCGGGUAUGUGUUGCUUCGUGUGGGAACGCCGCGAGUACGCCAGUACGAUACAGCCUCGGAUGCGCCCGGUCAGCUGGACAGUGACAGUGUGCGAUGGGACAGGCUAGGCGGUCUGUAAGAAUCUCCAUUU